GCGCACCCGAAGGGAAAGGGAGGCAAAGGAGGCAAACGAAAGAAGUUGCAGUUGAAGUACUGGUUAGACUGUUCCCGACCUGUCGAGGACGGCAUUAUGAACGCCUCAGACUUCGAGACAUACCUGAAGGAGCGGAUCAAAGUGAACGGUAAGACACAGAACCUGUCGAAUCUGGUGACUGUCGAGCGCACAAAGUCCAAGAUUUGUGUCACGAGUGACAUCCCCUUCUCGAAGAGAUAUCUCAAGUAUUUGACCAAAAAGUACCUCAAGAAGAAUAAUCUGAGGGAUUGGCUGCGAGUGGUGUCCACCGCUAAAGACAUCUAUGAGUUGCGAUACUUCCAGAUCAACAACGAGGAGGAGGACGACGAAGAGGAUAAUGAGUGAAGCAAUCAUUGGUCCCAAUAAAUGAUCAGUUUUUUGUCACUUUAAUAACUCUUUGUUUUGAUUGAAUUUGAAAUAAAUUAAGAUUUUUUGUUUCAAAUAUGAA